AUUCUGUGUGCAAGAACCAUAAGGUUCGCGCCAGUGAGCCAUAUGAUAUACUGGAUUCGUACUACUGCGCAUUUGCGAUCUUCCCCCUCCCUCAAGAUCACUAGAAGUAACCGACAAUUCAAAUUUGACCGGUUGUUGUCAGCGGCUUUUUUAUCAGAGUUAGUAGUUAUGUAGUAUUUGUAGUUUUGUAAUUGUGCAACUGAUUAUCAGAUUCGAGAAAACAUGCAUCAGAGUUCAGCAGGACGUAAAUCAUCCAUUAAUCCUGUAAGAAUAUCUAUACUCGAACGGGAGGACAAAAGUUUGACUCGAAAUGAUCAGCGAAGGACGCAAGUAAUAAAACCGAAGAUUUUGGUUAACGAUGCUUCUCACAUUCCCAGACUUCGUUUUAGAAGCUCUUCCAGCGAUCAAGCUAUAUCACUUGGCAGAAAAUCACACCUAAAAAUGACAGGUAAAACUUCAAUACAUCCAACUCCAGCAACUCCAGUUACACCUGUCAGAGCUAAUACUAUGCUUAAUUUACCAAGUUCAAGCAAACUUCAUGCAUCAGGUCGUCGAUCACCAUCUGCUGAUCGUGGUAGCACUGUAGGUGCUAAAAGUCACAGGAAAGACACAAGACCCCUAACGGAUAAGACUUACCAAAUGACCUUGUUGAACAAAAUAGAAAAUUAUUUACAUUUGAAUCAAGCGGCAUCAAUGCUCAAUAAUAAUGGUAGUUUGAAACCUAUUACAUUAAAAAUGUUUGUAGAAGCUUCUAAUUUUUUGUUAAAAUUUUGUGAUGUCAAACAAGAUCUUACAAUGACAAAUUAUGUAGAGGAAUUACCAAAAUGUGCUAAGAAACUUCAUUAUCCUGGUGUGAUGACUAAAUCGUGGCUAAAAACUGCUAAUGCGAUGCAUUCGUGGCCUUAUGUUCUUGGUUGGAUCGGCUGGAUGGUAGAAGCAUGUCAGGUGAAACAACUGGCAUGUGAUAAAUAUCAGUUGGAAACUAUACCAUUCAUAGGAACUGAACAAGAGGCCCAAAAUAGCAAAAUGGAAUUUUUGGUACUUUUGGAAUGCUAUAAAGCUUGGAAUGAGGAAAAACAUGAAGAGGAAGCAGAAUUAUUUGAGAGAUACCUGCAGAAUAUUUUAAUUGAACAGGGCAUUACCAAAGAGCAUAAAGCUCAGGCGAGUGAAGAACUGGAAGAAGAAACUUUGAAGUCAGAAGCAAUGGAUGAAGAAUUGAAAAAACUUGAUGAAGAAAUUGACAAAUUAAGAGCAGAAUUAUCAUCUUGGCAAGCCAAAGAAGUUAAACUGUCGAAUGAUGUUAAAACUAAGGAAGAUUAUAUAGAAAAGACUUCUACUGAGGCAAAUCAGUUAAAUAAAGAAUGCAACACUUUAAAUGAACAAAUUCGAUUAAAAAAUAUACGAUGCGAGGAAUUAAUCUCAACUCUAAAAAAUCAGCCAAUGUCUAAAGCUGAGAAAGAAAAUAUUAUUAAAAAAUGCACAGAAAUCCAAAAUUUUAUACAUAUUUUUGAAGAACAUUUAAAAGACUAUCAAAAAGAAAUGUACACUUUAGAUAUCAAAUUAGCAUCCAUUAUUAAUAAUAUCAAUAAAGCGGUAUUAGUGUAUAAUAAAGAGCUUUUCAUGUGCAUUGAUAACACAAUUGCGCAUUCUGAUGUGAGUUUUGAUAAGUUAAAGCUCCCAGAGAAGGGUUUAUUGGAUCCUGUAAUAAUAAACAUACUCGAAGAAAAGGCCGAUUUAACGAAAUUUUACAAAGAAUUAUUAAUAAAGCAAUGGAAUGAAACAGAAUCUGUUAUUCGUUCAAACACUAUAAAAUUGGAGAAGCUUCAAGAAGAUAUUAACAAUUUACCAGACGAAAAGAAAUUACAAGAGGAAAAAUCUGUUAUCAAUAAAAUGAAGGCAGAUGCUAAACAAGACAAAGAAAAAUUGAUAAAAGAGAUAGAAAUCUUUAAAAAUGAGAUUAAAGAAAUAGAAGAUAUGAUAUCAGAUUUACGAGCAGUAGAUAAAGAAAUAGAAGAAGGCAAGGAGAAAUUAGAAGCAGCUGCUAAAAGAAAGACAUUUUUAGAAGAAAAUGCCAAACGGUUUUUUGAAAAAAAAUUAUAUCAAAUGUUAGACGACCAUAGAAACGAACUUUAUAAGCUCUUGAAAAAAAAUCAGAAAUAGAUAUUCUAUAGAUUCUAUAAUAAAUAAUAAAUACAUAUAAUAAAUACAAGGUACUGUACAAUUUUUUUUAUGAUUAUGCGUUCAUUAGUGCACUUUUAAGUUCAUGGUUUAAGUAAAAAGUUGUCGUAAAAAUGGUUAAAAAAUAU